AUGAGAAGAAAUACUAACCAUGACGACAAACCUUCUAUAGAAUCAGGCUUUCAUUUAUCAGGAAACAGUGGGUUGAGAAUGCUGCCACGACAAGCCUAUGUUCACACUAGUGACAAAGCACAUCUGAUUGAUGCAAAAGGUCCUUCACGGAGGUUAGAAACCAAUGCUGCUAUUUUGGAAGUCCCUGAAUCAGAAUCAGUGGAGGAGGAAACUUAA